GUUCGGAACCGCGGCGGCAGCGGCGGAGGCGGGGAUCCCGCGGCUGCGGCGACGGCGGCCGCGGUGAAGCCACGGGUCUGGCUCGGUUCGGUGUGACGGUGGCCGCGGCGGCUGCGGUGGCGGCUACGACCAGGUCGGAGUCCCGAGCUGAGCAUGGUGACAGCCUGUGCCCUCGGCCCCCUCGCCUGGCGCAGCUGGAAGAGCCGCCAGCCUCGGGAGCCGAUGGCCCCCCACGUGAGGGAGUGAGCAACCUGGCCCCGCCCUACGGAUUGAGGGGGGACGCAGCAGCUGAGUGACCUGAGAUCAGGCUGCCGACCCCCUCCCACCAGUUGACGAAUGGUGGAACAAGCAACGAGUGACCCUUGUUAGGGUCGUGAAAUAAUGGUGGGAAGCAAAGUGUGAGCAUCCCAGGUGGUCGCCUGUAACUUCUUGGUGGAAAUCGAAGCCUGAGUCCCCAAGCCCAUCCAUCGGACCCUCCCGGCCCCCCACCCCGGGCUGAUGGGGCCACUGGGGCCCCAAGCAGCCACCUGACCAUCCAGACCCCACCCUGCCAGCCAUGGCUGGCCCUGAGGGCUUCCAAUACCGUGCAUUGUACCCAUUCCGCCGGGAGCGGCCGGAGGACCUGGAGCUACUUCCGGGUGAUGUGCUGGUGGUGAGCAGGGCCGCCCUGCAGGCGCUGGGCGUGGCCGAGGGCAACGAGCGCUGCCCGCAGAGCGUCGGCUGGAUGCCUGGCCUCAAUGAGCGUACCCGGCAACGCGGUGACUUCCCUGGCACCUAUGUGGAGUUCCUGGGGCCCGUGGCCCUGGCCCGGCCUGGCCCUCGCCCACGUGGCCCCCGCCCACUGCCCGCCAGGCCCCGAGACGGGCCCCCUGAGCCAGCUGGGCCUUUCUGCAGCUCAAGCACCACCUGGCCCAUCACUCAGGGAGGCCCCACAGGCCCUGGCUUGCCCCUGCUGUGUGCCAGGGCGUCCCCGCCAAGGGCCAAAGCUGCAUCAAAUGGUGGCUGUGCCGACAGAGAGCGCCUGAACACAAAAGGCCUGACACUCCCUGACCUACCCGAGCAGUUCUCCCCCCCUGAUGUGGCUCCCCCUAUCCUGGUGAAGCUGGUGGAGGCCAUUGAACGGACAGGGCUGGACAGCUACAGGCCUGAGCCACCCACCAUGCGCACAGACUGGUCCCUGAGUGAUGUGGAGCAGUGGGAUGCGGCAGCCCUGUCAGAUGGUGUGAAAAGCUUCCUGCUGGCGCUGCCGGCGCCCCUCGUGACACCCGAGGCCGCGGCCGAGGCACACCGAGCCCUGCGGGAGGCUGCGGGGCCCGUGGGGCCGGCGCUGGAACCCCCGACGCUGCCACUGCACCAUGCGCUCACGCUGCGCUUCCUGCUCCAGCACCUGGGCCGGGUGGCCGGGCGCGCCCCAGCCCCGGGCCCCGCGGUCCGUGCCCUGGGCGCCACCUUCGGGCCGCUGCUGCUGCGCGCGCCACCGCCGCCCUCUCCGCCGCCAGGGGGCGCGCCCGACGGGACCGAGCCCACCCCCGACUUUCCUGCGCUGCUGGUGGAGAAGCUGCUUCAGGAACACCUGGAGGAGCAGGAGGUUGCCCCCCCAGCACUGCCACCAAAACCCCCCAAGACAAAGCCAGCCCCCACAGGCCUGGCCAAUGGGGGCAGCCCACCCUCCCUGCAGGACGCCGAGUGGUACUGGGGUGACAUCUCCAGGGAGGAGGUAAACGAGAAACUGCGGGACACGCCUGACGGCACCUUCCUGGUCCGAGAUGCCUCCAGCAAGAUCCAGGGAGAGUACACGCUGACCCUCAGGAAGGGCGGAAACAACAAGCUGAUCAAGGUCUUCCACCGAGACGGGCACUACGGCUUCUCGGAGCCGCUCACCUUCUGCUCUGUCGUGGACCUCAUCACCCACUACCGCCAUGAGUCACUGGCCCAGUACAACGCCAAGCUGGACACGCGGCUCCUCUACCCGGUGUCCAAGUACCAACAGGACCAGAUCGUCAAGGAGGACAGCGUGGAGGCGGUGGGUGCCCAGCUCAAGGUCUACCACCAGCAGUACCAGGACAAGAGCCGCGAGUACGACCAACUCUACGAGGAGUACACGCGCACCUCCCAGGAACUGCAGAUGAAGCGCACAGCCAUCGAAGCCUUCAAUGAGACCAUCAAGAUCUUUGAAGAGCAGGGCCAGACGCAGGAGAAGUGCAGCAAGGAAUAUCUGGAGCGGUUCCGACGUGAGGGCAAUGAGAAAGAAAUGCAGAGGAUCCUGCUCAACUCGGAGCGGCUCAAGUCUCGCAUUGCUGAGAUCCAUGAGAGCCGCACAAAGCUGGAGCAGGAGCUGCGGGCACAGGCCUCUGACAACCGAGAGAUCGACAAGCGCAUGAACAGCCUCAAGCCAGACCUCAUGCAGUUGCGCAAGAUCCGAGACCAGUACCUUGUGUGGCUCACUCAGAAAGGUGCCCGGCAGAAGAAAAUCAACGAAUGGUUGGGGAUCAAGAACGAGACUGAGGACCAGUACUCACUGAUGGAGGAUGAGGAUGACCUCCCCCACCACGAGGAACGCACAUGGUAUGUAGGCAAGAUCAACCGCACCCAAGCUGAGGAAAUGCUGAGUGGCAAGCGGGACGGUACCUUCCUCAUCCGUGAGAGCAGCCAGCGGGGUUGCUACGCCUGUUCUGUGGUGGUGGACGGCGAUACCAAGCACUGCGUCAUCUACCGCACGGCCACGGGCUUCGGCUUCGCGGAGCCCUACAACCUGUACGGGUCCCUGAAGGAGCUCGUCCUCCACUACCAGCACGCCUCCCUGGUGCAGCACAAUGACGCGCUGACCGUCACGCUCGCUCACCCCGUGCGCGCCCCCGGGCCUGGGCCCCCGCCCGCUGCACGCUGA